AUGUCGCCACGUCCCGUGUCGCUGUCGCGGUUGCAAGUGCUCGAGGGGUCCCGGUCGGGGAGGACCAGCGGGGCUCUUCGCGGGAAGUCCAUCAACAUCGCGAGUCUCGUCGCGGGCAGUCGGCACCGGCAUCGGCACCAGUCCAGUGGCGUGAGUGUGUCCUCUGUGCUGUUGCAGUGUAAAAGGCGAGUAGCCCCAAAGGGUUACAGACCAGCGCUUCACAGGACGCAGACGGUGCCUCGGCAAGUGGUCGGGAAGGCGAGACCGCACUUGGACAGCGUUAUCGAGGCACUGGGCUCGCAACAGGGGACCCCCACUCUUGUGCAGCAACUGCAGAGGUCCCUCGGUCGGUUGAACCAGUUGGUGCUCACGACAGGGCACAGCAGACACUACGACGCGCUGGUCGGAGUCACGGGCUGCCUAAAGCUCUCCUCGCACGAACUGAUGCUUGAGACGGGCCACAGCUCGAAACGGUACGUCCUACACAGCAACGGGCCCGUCCACGGGUUCCUGUUAGACCAGAUCGCAUCUGGGGGCUACACUGUCGCUCUGUACUCGAAACUAGCCGUCAGAGUCACCCCAGACUUGUAUUGGUGCUUGCAAUGGAAACUGGUACCGGCGGUUCAUUAA